AAGCAGUUCAGUCAGUUUUUAACUGUCGUGGUUACUGAGCGUGUUAAUGGCGCGAAUCGUUAUUUCGAUCGUGACAAUUGUUAAUAUUGUAAUUUAAGUUGUUUUUAUUGUGCUACCUUUUGUGCCAUAACAAAAUAAUAAACAUACAUUUAGUUUUUAUAUUUUGUUCGCAAGUUGUAUCUUCAGUGAUUGUGUUACGGGACUUGAAAAGUUUGUUUUUCUUUUGUUAAGUUCAUUUUGCUACUUGGAUUUUUAUUGGAUAAUAUGUGGGUGGUAGCAGCUAGAUAAAAGGACGGAGCGCAAAGCUGGAUUCAACAAAAUGGAUUCAGAGAGCCGAAGUGAGUCGGCGUUGAACAGUCCUACGGAACCGGAUGUUUCGUUAGCGGCUUCCAUAACGGAUCCGUUGGAAGCCCACACCCUUGAUGAAGCUAGGAGAACCAUCAGAGAUCUUCGUAUGAAAUACCGUGCGCAGGCGCAUCAGCUAUUAACAUGGCGUCGAGCGCAUCGUACUCAAGAGGAACUAGUCAAUCGUCUGCAAAUAGAGAAAGCCGAGCAGUUAAAAAUGCUAUCCGGCCAACUUCUUCUCUUCGAAUCUCGUCUGGUUCGUAAGCAGAAAGAGAUAACCAAUAUGCUUGCUGUUCGUGAAACCAUCAUCAUGAAACAGCAGAAAGUCAUCGAAUCCCUUCAAGCUAAACUUCUUGAUAAUGGUAUUGAUACCAUGCAACCCAUUCCGGAUUUUAGGGACAUGCUUCUUGAUUCGAACACAGGAGACUUUGACUCCCUAAACGAUUCCGAUUCCGCUGUAAUAAUGGAAGACGUUGAUUCCGAUUGUUGUAAUAUUUCAAACCUUCCAAGGUUCCGUUCCAUGAACCCAGACAGCGUUACCGUCGUUCGAUCGAUCUCAGAUGCCAUAGAUCCAAACCUAAAAUACAACGCCAGGCGUUCCAACGGCUUUUUGCGUCGGCCAGAAAUUCUGGAAACCGUCUACAGUGUUGAGGAAGAAGCAGACAACGAAUCCACAAAGGCUCUAAGUGCUCAAAACAGCACAGAAAAAGAUUUAAAAGACGCGAACAAAACUGAUGAAGAGAAGACGAAAGAAGGCAGUCUUCUUGCACAACGACGUGAUAAUUUCCGCAUGAGAAGUAUAGUUCUUACUGCUGAGGUUAAAAGUAUAGAUAGUGAUAAGGAGAAACCUAAGCCUUCGGAUUCCUGGGCCUACACUUAUGUGCCAAAGAGGAUGAUGCCUGCAAAUGAAUCGGAUGAAGAAGUCUCCAAUGCUGAAACCGACGAAGAAGACCCAGAGCCUAAGUCAACGCAUGUAGUUACGUACAACAGAGUAAUGUCCAAUCAUAGGAAUGUAACGAAACCGAAAGAUGUGAAAUACAAGAGGAUAAAUAAGGCAAAAUCAAAGAGCUUAGAAGAGUUGAGGGGGAGGUUAAAGAAUUGGGUGGACAAGGGGAGUAAAUUGUCGAAUAUUCCACUGGAGCAUGCUCAAAGUUAUGCUUGAAUAAAGUUCCUUAUUAGGCUUGGUAUAAAGGCUAUUGUGCACGGAUUGCAGACUAUAGUGAAUCUUGAAGAAUCUCGUUGUACGCCCAUUCGCUGAUUAUGUUAAAAGGAAGUCUGUUGUCCGCUUGUCCUAGACGCAUUUACAUUGAGUUAGAAUAAAUCUCCUAAUUUGAUUAUUGCUUAUAGAUUCUUUUAAUAGUUAUUUGGAUAUGAGCUUGUCUAAACUAUAAAUACAUAUUUACAAAUGCUAUUCUUGACACUCUGUUAGUUUCUAUGUUAUUACUACUGUAAAAUAACUUAAUAUUGAGAUUGGGCAUUUCUCGCACGACUGAUCUAUUUAAAUUCACGUUUGAAGAAUGUAUUUUGGUAACUUUAUUUUAUACGAUCCUCAAAGAUUUAUCAGAUUAAUAUCCAUAGUCUAAUAUAUAUGUCGGUAGAACUGAGAAAUUAUUGUUGUACCCGCAAAUGUGUAAGCUGAUUAAUUAGAAAUAAUCUUCCGAAUUUAUCCGAGCUGUCAACUUUGCUGAAUUUGUCAAAGUUACUUGUUUGUAAUGGAAGCCACUUAACUAAGGCGUAGUACAUAAAUCUUUCAAGAAAAACUUUUCUCUAAAGACUGCCGUACUGGCGAUAAAUUAUAUUUUUUAUAAAAUUUAAAAUUAUGAGAAAAUAAAAACAUCACAACUUUCAUUUAUAAACUUAGAUUUGAGAAUUAUAGUAUUAUAAAUUAAGCUAUUUUGAUUAUAUAAUGAUGGAAUUGAACAGUUUCCUGUGAUUAAAAUUUUAUUUAAAAAUAUUAUUCAUUUGUGCCAAUUAUACAAAUAUUGCAUCUUACAAAAAAAAAUGUAGUCGUGAUUUCCGUUCGUCAAAUUCAAUACAUUUAUAAGUCAUACUUAGUUAAGUCUCCACUCUGAAGCCUUCUGAAAUAUUUACUUAAUCAAAACCAGGAACUUUAAUAAAACAUAGUAUUUAUGGCUCACCUAGUGUCGCUACCAAUCUUAA